AUGGUGAGCAGGCCUGCCAUUGCAGCAUUAAACCGGUGGCUGAAAGGUAUUCGAAAAUGGUACUACAAUGCUGCAGGGUUCAAUAAGCUGGGGUUAAUGAGAGAUAAUACAAUAUAUGAGAAUGAUGAUGACAAAGAGGCCAUAAGAAGGCUUCCUGAGAAUCUUUAUAACAACAGGAUGUUUCGCGUUAAAAGAGCACUGGACCUGACCAUGAGGCAUCAGAUCUUGCCUAAAGAGCAGUGGACAAAAUAUGAGGAGGAUAAAUUCUACCUUGAACCAUAUCUGAAAGAAGUUAUUUGGGAAAGAAAAGAGAGAGAAGAGUGGGCAAAGAAAUAA